AUGUACAUAGAAACAGACGUCUACGUUUCCCACCGUAACGGCUCGAACCCACAUGAACUGCUACUUUCCAUAGUCCACAUAUUUCUAAUACCUGCACUUUGGCCUUGGGCAGACAUCAAGGUCGUCCCGGAAGCGGACAGCCGGCCGUUCUUGGCCCUUAAGGAUCCCAUCAACGCUGGCAGCGAGGAUGUACAGCGACUGUACGAACAAGCUAGUCAGGUGUCGGCCAUUGCCUAUCUCCUCUUUGCUGCCGCGAGGCCUCUUUCUGAAGCCCCUGGCUCAUCCAACGCGCUUUUGCCGUACCUGACGCCCACAUUGCUGCGACUGUACACGUCCCAGCCUGGGCGCUGCAGCUCCACCCUGACCAGACAACUGUACGACUUAUCUCUGAAGCUGUACGGAACAACCGAGCUGCAGUCCUGUCACUACGAUCUGUACACCUCCCUCGGAGCUGCCUUUUCCUGGGUCCGGGACAACAUCCCCCUGCGGCUGCAGGAGGUCCCCGGGCAGCCUCUGGCCUCCGCCGCGUGGCCCGACAUGUCGCGGACUACCCCGCUCAAGCUGGCGGCGAGGGUGGCGGAGGCACUGCUGCCAAAUAACAGCCUUGGCGAUACGGCCUCCCAGCUCAAUGCCAGCUGCGGCCUGCCAGCGGCGGACUUCGCAUCCGCGGUGCCAAACAUAUCCACAGCCCUGCAAAGACUGCACGCGGACCUGCCGCUGAUACAGGGCUUGGCAGGGGAGAUGCACUCGGCCCGCUGGGCUCCAGACCAUCCCGACGUGGAUGAACGUCGCAGGGCGCUGUUAGAACAACGGACUGGUGGUUACAUCAACCCGCAGCUGCAUAUUGCUUCGGAGCUCGACACCGCUGAUGCCGAUGGCAGCUCCUCCCGCGGCAUUAUGAUCUCUGAUAAUGACGAUAUUCUCAAUAAUAAUGAUGAUGACAUCGUUGCGCACGGCGACGAAAGCACCCAUCGUUUCCACCGGCGGAGCGCCGCUACAUUGCCGUCCAACUUCUUCUACUCCCUCCCACCUGCCAACUUUGUGCUAUUGCCGCCGGGGAAGAUGUCGCAGCUGAUGGUCCCGCUGGUCUUCCACAUCAUGCUGUAUCAGGAUGGUCGGAGUAUCGGACCGGCAAGGUACGACCAGUCGUUGCAGUACGUCCAACGGAUGGUCCAGGUCACCAAUAUCAUGGCCAAACCUUCGAGCGUCCAGUUCUUUGUCAAGGAGGUGCGCAACGACCCCGCAACCUACCCGUACCUGCUGCUGAGCGAUCGAGCCACCUGGCUCCAGGUUCCCCUCCAAAAUUGCACCGGUCCCUCCUGCUUCAGCAAUGCUACCUUUAUGUCUACGAGUGUCUGGGACUUCCCACGCAGCGUCAACGUCUUCAUCGCGAGCGACUCCACAGUGGGAGUCCCGCUGGGAUACGCCUACAUUGGCGGGCCGAAGCGCCUCAGCGCGACGUGCCUGGCCUCCCAGAUUUCCAAGAGGUACCUGGGCAAUGCCAGGGGUGGCGCCUCAGUCAUAAUGGUGCGCAUACUGCGUCCCCUAAAGACGAGGUCACCAUUGUACUCGCCCGUAUGCUCUUGCUCCCUUGGCUCGGAUAUCCAACCGUACACCGGCCAUGUCUUCGUGUCUUGGGACAGCCUUUCCUUCGACGGUGCCAACUCCAUAACUUCGUAUGACGACGGGCCCAACACCCUGCUACACGAGCUGUUCCACCACCUGGGUCUGCAACACCCCUUUCAAAACAGCUAUGGCGCCCUCGGGCAGUGUGUUGAUGGUGACGACGUGAUCGACACCCCGGCCUCGCUGCGUCCCAUUAGCAGCAGCAACUUCUUCGCCACGGCUCAGGCCUACUGCAUGGAGCUCUUCUGGGGGCAGUACGGCGGCGACUGGGACGCGGCAUACGUUCGUUGGAGCAGCACGCUGGGCAUUCCCGAAUCCGACAUGAACGCCUGGGCAGACAGUUGUCCAGCUUUGCCGGGGUACGACGAGCUGGGCAACUACAUGACGUACAACACCCCCGUCUGCUUCGCAGCUCUGGGCCAUUUCACGCCAGCGCAGGUGCAGCGGGCCAUGCUAAUGACCUCUGAGGUGAACCCCCUGUUGUACGCUUGGGGCCAGUACUAUGCACAGAACGCCGCGCCUCCACCACCCCAGCGGUCGCCGCCUCCGGUGGUUGUGAACAACACGUGUAGGUCCACUGCCAAGAGCGCCUGCCCCUGUAAGAGCGAAUGGCAGCUUGGCGGCAACACCUACUUCUACUGCGACCGCACGGGAACCAACAACACCCUAACGUGUGAGGUUGCGGACCCGAUUACGUGCGCGGACUGUACCUCCCAGUGGCAAUGCAUCCUCCCCUGUGCAGCGAGGUUACCGCCACCACCGCCGCCCCGCCCGCCGUCGCCACCGCCGAUGCCGCCACCGCCGCCGCCGCGUUCCGUUCCGUCAGAGUGCAUGAAAUCCCGCACUGGCUGCGCUUGCCGGAGCACCUGGAACUACCAAGGUGCCUUUUACAGCUACUGUGCGUCACCGGACGGAAGCGAGAACUUAUGGUGCCAGGUCAGCUCCAGCUGCCCCAGCUUCAGUAACAACCAAUCCUACCAAAACUGCCUUCCCGGCCUCAACGAAUCGUAUUGCGGAGGCCGCGUCUAUUUCAGCUCGACUCGUGUUCCGCCACGUCCACCGCGCCCACCGCUUCCUCCACCGGACCUGCGUCCCAGGCCGCCACCCGGGCCGCCUACGCCAACUGAUGGACCGAUUGCGACCAUCACCGGCCGAAUCACCAUCAACGCCAGCUGCGCUCUUCUAAGCACCAACGGAUCGGCACUUCAGAGCAACCUACUUGCGGAGCUGUCGCAGACGCUUCAGGUUCCCUUGAGCUACGUCAAAAUCACUGGCAUGGCGUGUGGAUCCAUCCUCGCGUACUACAGUGUUGCAUUCCCAACUGGCGCCACCAUUGAACAGAUCAACAGUGUCGCUCAAGCCGCAAGCGCUCUGAGCUUCACAGUCAGCAUCGGCUUCGCUUCCCGCUGGGGCAGCGUCACCCAGUCCAGCUCGGAUGUGAAUGUCCUGCAGCCCUCGGCAUCUUCCACCAGUUCCUACAAGUGGAUCGCAAUUGGCGUCAUUGUCGGUGUUGCGAUAUUGGCAAUCGUCGCCGUACUGGUCGCCUUGGUCAUUUAUUCGCGCAUCAAGAACGGCAGGGUCGCGCCCCAGGCGCAAUACCUCAUAACCGCAGCCUUCACAACCGCCCUAUCGUGCCCGCAAGCGCAAGCCGCAUUGGUUGACGCCACACCCGCGACGUUGCAGCACCCGUGA